AUGACCAUUUCACGCGAUCUAAAUUCCAAAAUUGAAAGUUUAGUGAAUCGCCUUCGUCGAAGACAAGUUGUAGGUUCUUUAUCAGUUUCACUGGAAACAGCCUUACUACUUCGACAAGUGAUUUCUGCUACAAGGUGGAAUCAAGUUGGAACCUUAAUAAAAUUGGUUAAAGAUGUUGGAAGGAGGUUGAUACUUGCACAACCUAGAGAACUUGCGGUAGGAAAUAUUGUACGUCGCGUAUUACGAUUGAUACGAGAUGUAUAUAAAGCUGAAGUUGGAAUAUCUACAACCAAUGUUACAAUUACAGUUACAGAUGGAGGGGUUGAUGGAGUUGGUGGUGAUAGUGGAUCAAAUUUUUUUUCAUCUUCUUCGGCUUCUAUGAUUAAUUUGUUGGAUGUAACAAGCGAGUCAAUGUCUCUUAUUAUAUCAGAGAUGCAAGAAAUUAUUAGUGAAUUAGAAAAUAUGUAUAAUAAUAUCGCAGAUCAAGCAAUGGAAAACAUUCAUUCAAAUGAGAUUAUCAUGACUAUAGGUAAAUCAAGAACAGUGGAAUACUUUUUGAAAACUGCAGCAAAGAAACGAAAAUUUAGUGUAAUUGUUGCCGAAACAUCUCCAACAUACUUAGGUCAUGAAAUGGCAUUAUCUCUGUCACAAGCAGGAAUUGAUACAACUGUAAUAUCAGAUUCGGCAAUUUUUGCAGUUAUGUCAAGAGUUAAUAAAGUGAUAAUGGGAACACAUGCAGUAAGUGGAACACAAACAGUAGCCACUGCAGCUAAACAUCAUUCUACACCUGUUGUAGUUUGUACUGGAUUAUAUAAAUUAUCACCUCUUUAUCCAUAUGAUGAAGAUUCUUUUAAUGAUCUUGUUGCUCCUGAUUCAGUGUUAAGUUUUGAAGAAGGAGAAUUUAUAGAUAAGGUGACAUUGUUAAAUCCAUAUUAUGAUUACGUUUCACCUGAAUUGGUUAACCUCUUUAUUACAAAUACUGGAGGACAUCCUCCUUCGUAUUUAUAUAGACUUAUAAAUGAAAAUUAUGAUCCUGAAGAUACAAAUGGUUGUAGAAUGGUUGUUUGCUCAGGACGACUAUCCAAUACUGGAGCUAGUCAUGUCUCUGUAACGUGUGGUUACAGGAGAUGUCCUGAACCUGAGCUUCCUAUACCGGCCUGUUCAGUAACAACAUACUACAUGCCCAAGACGGCUAGCCAUGUCCCUAUAACGUGUGGCUAUAGAGAUGUCUUGAGGCCUAAACUUCCUAUACCGGCCUGUUUAGUUGCAAUAUUCAUCAUUCCUCAUGCUCAUAAAAUAAACUUACCAAAUUUUUAUGAUUUAUUGACUUUGAUUCAGUCUUAG